UACGUAUUGUGCGUUUCACGGUAAAACUACGCUAAUGACGUUCCGUAGUUGCUGCUUAGUAACCACGUUAGAAAAGGGAAGCUAAAUGCACGCUUGGUUUCUUCAAACCGUGGAUCAACCUGUGACAAACUUCACGAAUUCCACAUUUGAUCUCAAAAAGCACUUUACGCCAAGCUGAAAGAUGGCUCACAGCUUAGAAGAUGCUCGCAAGAAGUUUAUUCUGGCCACAGCUGGAAACUUCUACGGCUCCGUACCUCCAUCAUCUCUGGCUGACAGAUCAGAGAUGAAUAACUUCUUGGAUGACGGAAAUGAAUUUAUCUUGUCAUUCUCCAGACAUGAUGGUGACCUUCAGUUGUCAAACAAGGUUGAAUCUUGGAGAGAUGGUAAAGAGAAGGUGCUAGUCUUCUUCAAACUGUAUCCCACAGUCAUCACAAAUGAAAACCUUCACCAAAGCCUCCUGGUGUCAUCAAUGCUUGAGUCGCCCAUCAACACCCUCUAUCAGGCUGUCAAACAGGUUUUUGCCCCUGUACUGCUGCAGGAUGAGCACUGGCGCUCAGCAUUUGACCCUAAGUUGGCAAACCUGCUGACUGAAUUGGAAGUAGGCCUGGGAUCUGUGGUUCGCCAUUCUGGAGCAAAGUCCUUCAAGAAAGGCUUUGUGGAAGGCGAUGUCCUGGGUAUCUUGACCCCCAGUGAUGAGUUCCAGUUCUGGGCGGAUCUGUCUGAGCGUGCAGAGAGGAGCAGCAUGAGAGAAAGGGCAUUGUUUUUCACAGAGCAAUUCAAACCCCUACAAAAGGAGUUUGCUGGUCUGGAUGGCUUGUCCAUGUCAGAUGUUGUUGAUCUGGUGGAACAAAGCAAAGACACUCUGGAUGAUGUCUGGAGACAGACAGAUUUUGAGCCUUAUCCAGAAACCAGAAUGGUCCGACUUAUGGAUGUAAUCGGUGGGGCCUUGGGACGUUAUGUUCAGAAGAAACUGAGUGGUCUUCAGAUCUUUGUGGAGCCUUUUGGGUUGGUGAGAGAAAACCUGAGAACAGGAAUCUCCAUCUGUGAGCAGUGGGUGGAUGCCUGCAAGCUUUUGACUGGACAGCUAUGGAAAAGAAACGCUCCACAUGCCUGGAAGGGAGGUGAACACUGUCCAGAGAUUCUUCACAGUCUCACAAAACGGCUGAAUGAGGUGGUGACGCUCCGUACGGUUCACGAAAAACUGCUGAGGUUACGAUCAGGAGGGAAGCAGCAGGCUCUGACUUCAGAACGUGUGUUCGAGCCUUUUUCUGGACUCAACCCUGUGCACUACAACCCUUACACUGAGCCUCUUUGGGGAGCAGCUGUGGCUCAGUUUGAGCGUUUAAUCUCUCCAUCAGAGAAGGAGGCUGCUGGUAUACUGAGGAGCUACAUUUCUGAUGUGCAGGACAACCCACCACAGCUUCUGCAGGUGUUCCAGAAACAUAAGGAGCUGAUCAAACGCCCCAAAAUCAGCAAGGAGCUGCAGUCAGAGAGAGAGACACUACUAGCCAAACUCCUAGACUACAACAAGGGCUUGAAAAAUGACUUUGAGAAUCGUUGCCAUGGACGCCCCGGUGAUGAAUCUGGACCACUUGUUGGCAGGAACCUCCCUGAGGUGGUCAACAAAAUAGUUUGGUUGCGUCACCUUUUACACAAGGUGGAGGACUCUGUACGUAUAGCUGAGGCUUUGCUUCCAGAUCUUUCAGGGUUCAAAGGCUUCCUGAGUUUCUCUGAUGACCUGCUGGAAGUUCUGAGAGCGUACGAACAGGAGCAGUUUGACAACUGGUCGAGGGACAUUCUGUCUGGACUGGCUGACCCAAAAUCAGGGAUCAGCCUUCAGACAAGUAACCGCGUCAUGGAACUGGACCAUGUGGACGGCAGGCUGAAGAUCCAGUACUCAGACAGGCUGGUCAGUCUGCUCAGGGAGGUCCGGCAGCUCUCAGCUCUGGGUUUUCCCAUCCCAGCGAAGAUCCAGCAGGCGGCAAACACAGCAGACAAAUUCUACAGGCAAGCUGUGGUCCUGAAACAGGUGGCCCAUUUUUACAACACUAUCGACCAGCAGAUGAUUCCCUCUCAGAGGCCCAUGAUGCUCAGUCUUGCACUAGACUUUGAGCAGGUUAUCAAGAAUCCUCGUUCCCAGUCCAAGGAAUCUGGAGGUAAACUGCAGAUCACCUGGGAUAAUCCCAGCGAUUUAGAGGUUUAUAUCACCAAGCUGCAGUCUGCUGCGGAGAAGCUCUCCGUUGAGAACAGAAAGUUCCGAAAAUGGCACACAGACUUCAUAGAAAAGGUGGUUACGCUCAUGAACGUAGACCUACUGAGACAUCAGCAGCGAUGGAAGGAAGGCCUUCAGGAGCUCCGUACUGGCUUUGCUACUCUGGAGGCUCAGGGCCUGAGGAGUGAUGACAUGAGGGCGUGGCGUCAGCAUUGGAACCACCAGCUUUACAAAGCCCUAGAACACCAGUACCAGACUGGACUGGAGGCCCUAAAUAAGAACUUGCCUGAAAUAAAUAUUGACCUCAUUUUCAGGCAGGGCCGUUUACAGUUCCGUCCACCAUUUGAGGAGGUGCGAGCGAGAUAUUUCCGUGAGAUGAAGCGUUUUAUCUCAAUCCCAAACCAGUUCAAGGGGGUCAGCGUCCAGGGGGAGGAGCUUAUCUUCAACACCAUGAUUGAUAGGAACGCCUUAGGGUUCCUUACCAUUUUCAGCAAGGCUGAGGAGCUCUUCAGCGGCCUGCAGGCUGUACAACACAAGUUCAAGGAGUGGGUGGUUCUAGGUCAGGUGGAUUUGGAGAAGUUGGUGGAGAAACAUCUCAGUUCCGUGCAGGAUUGGGAGAGAAACUUUAAGGCACUAAAGGUCAAAGGGAAGGAAUCUGAACGUCUACCCAGUCAGGAGAAAGUUGACUGUAUUACAGUCAACUGUGAGCCUGUUAAAGCCACCAUUGAUGAAAUGAUCCAGAGGCUGUUUGACAUCCUGUUAUUAUCCCUCAGGAAGUCUAUACAAGGCCACACACAAACCAUAGACAGUUUUGUGUCUGAGUCAGUGGAGGCUCUGGCCAUGAGACCAGAAAGCAUGGAGGAGAUUGGUGCAGCUAAUGGCAAAUAUAACCAGAUAAAAGCCUGCAAGGCAGACAUCUUGCCUCAGUUCCAGUUUGCUGAGGAGAAGAACCGCCUGCUGCGAGCUGUGGCCGGGGCAGGAGUGGACUCUCUGUCUUCACUGAGAGCCAAGUGGGACAAACUGGAACUUGUCAUGGAGAGCCACCAGCUCAUGAUCAAAGAACAGGUGGAGGUGAUGCGAAGUCAUGCAGCAGACCGCGCAAGUGCCUACAAGGCUGAUCUGGAGCGCUUUAAGGCUCGCUGGGAUCAGCUGAAACCUAAAGAUGAGAUGCUGGAGACUGAUGAUCAUGCUGCCCUGCUUGCAUGUCUUCAGACCAUCAAGGACAAGCAGCAGGAGUUUGAGGAGAUGGAGCUUGUACGAACUAAGCUGCUUGAAGAUAGUGCUUACUUUGGUGUGGAGCCUCCAGAUUUGUCUCUGGCACAAGAAAUAAAAGCAGACAUGGAGGAGACCAGUCAGAUGUGGGGUCUGUAUGAGGAGUGGCAGCAAGGCUUCUCUGAGAAGGCCCAGCAGGACUGGAUCACCUUCAGAAGCAAGACGUAUGUUUUUGAGGAGUUUCUGUUCACGUGGCAAGAAAAUUUAAGGAAAUUACAGCCACCGACCGCCAUGUCUGUUAAACUCCAGGGAGAGGUGGACAAAUACAAGAACAUGGCACCUGUGCUGAAGUACGUACGAGGGGAGCACCUCUCACAGGACCACUGGCUGGACAUGUUCCGCCUGCUGGGUCUUCCACGAGGGACAACGUUGGAGAGACUUACCUUUAAUGACCUCCUCAGUGUGGCAAAUACUAUCAUAGAGAAGGCCAAGGAGCUUAAGGAUCUAAACAGUCGUGCUCAGGCGGAGGUGACCAUCAGAGAGGCUCUGAGGGAGCUGGAUUUAUGGGGAGCCGCUACUACAUUCACCCUCACGGAGUACACAGACAGCAGCGGGCGCACGCUAACCCUCAUCAAGGACUGGAAGGACGUAGUCAACCAGGUGGGAGAUAACCGCUGUCUGCUGCAGUCUCUGAAAGACUCUCCCUACUAUCGCAGCUUCCAGGACAAGGUUGGUCUGUGGGAGGUCCGCCUAUCAGACCUGGACGAGCACCUGCUCAAUCUGAAUGCCAUCCAGAGGCGCUGGGUUUAUCUGGAGCCUAUUUUUGGUCGAGGAGCGCUACCUCGAGAGGAGACCCGUUUCAAACGUGUAGAUGAAGAUUUUAGGUCGAUAAUGUCAGACAUCCAGAGGGACAACAGGGUUGUUUCUCUGAGUUCACGAGCUGGCAUCAGAACCUCCCUGGUCACCAUUCUGGAUCAGAUGCAGCGCUGCCAAAAAUCACUCAAUGAGUUUCUGGAGGAAAAGCGUUCUGCCUUCCCACGGUUCUAUUUCAUAGGAGAUGAUGAUCUUUUAGAAAUUCUGGGACAAGCGACCAACCCGAGUGUCAUCCAGUCACACCUCAAGAAACUCUUUGCAGGCAUCCACAGCGUUAUGUUCGAUGAGCAGUGCCAGAACAUUGUGGCUAUGUGUUCUUUGGAAGGAGAAGUAGUUCAACUCAGAAAUGUUGUUCACACCUCCAGCCUUGUUGAGGCUUGGCUUAGUGAGCUGUCCGAGGAAAUGGUGGCAACUCUGAAGAAUCUGCUGAAUGAAUGUCUGUCUGCUGGGAGGAAAGGAGAGGUGGAUCCCUCUCGCUAUCCAUCGCAGAUUCUGUGUCUGGCUGAGCAAAUCCAAUUUACAGAAGAUGUGGAAAAAGCUAUAAAAGAGCAAAAUCUGCAGCAGCUGGAGGUGGAGCUUAAUAGCAAGUUAGAGCACUACACCGCUGUGGACACAAGUUCAGAUGACCAUUCUAACACAGAGUCCAGCGUGCUGCAGCUGAAGCUGAAAGCUUUGAUUCUGGAUAUCAUCCACAACAUCAGUGUGGUGAAGCAGCUGAACCAGGCAGGCGUUACCCGCCCUGAUGACUGGGCCUGGAAGAAACAGCUCCGCUUUUACAUGGGAACUGACAAAUGCUGCCACAUCCAGAUGGUGGAUGCACAGUUCCACUAUACUUAUGAGUACCAGGGGAAUGCGGCUAAGCUGGUGCACACUCCUCUGACUGAUAAGUGCUACCUGACUCUGACCCAGGCCAUGAAGAUGGGACUUGGUGGUAACCCCUACGGACCUGCUGGUACAGGCAAGACAGAAUCUGUCAAAGCCUUAGGGGGGCUUUUUGGGCGCCAGGUGUUGGUGUUCAACUGUGACGAGGGUAUCGAUGUGAAGUCAAUGGGACGCAUAUUUGUUGGUCUGGUGAAGUGUGGGGCUUGGGGCUGCUUCGAUGAGUUCAACCGUUUGGAGGAAGCGGUGCUAUCAGCUGUUUCCAUGCAGAUUCAGGCCAUACAGGAUUCCCUCAAACAUCACAAAAACACGUGCGAACUGCUGGGGAAGGAGGUGCAGCUCGAUCCAAACUCUGGCGUGUUCAUCACGUUGAACCCCGCAGGAAAAGGCUAUGGAGGCAGACAGAAGCUCCCUGACAACCUAAAGCAGCUGUUCAGGCCUGUGGCCAUGAGCCGGCCCGACAACGAGCUCAUCGCUGAAGUCAUCCUCUACUCUGAGGGCUUCAAAGAUGGAGAAAUACUGGGACGCAAAUUGGUCGCGAUCUUUAACCUGGCCAGGGAGCUGUUGACACCCCAGCAGCACUAUGACUGGGGUCUACGCGCUCUGAAGACCGUGCUGAAGGCCUGUGGCAGUCUCCUGCAGCAGCAGAGGAGAAGUCAUGAGAUGGACAAGAUCCAGGAGAGUAAUCUGGUGGUGCAAGCCCUACGGCUGAACACCAUGUCCAAGCUGACAUUUGCAGACAGCUCUCGGUUUGAUGCGCUGGUCAGAGAUGUCUUCUCUGGAGUUGAUUUUACCGAUAUGGAGGACUGGAUAUUAAUGGACGCCUUAAACCAAGUCUUCAAGGAGGCCCAGCUUGAACUGAUACCCAGCCAGCUGAAGAAGGCAAUGGAGCUAAAUGAACAGCUCCGACAACGAAUGGGUGUAGUUAUUGUAGGGCCCAGCGGAGCAGGAAAGUCCACACUCUGGAGGAUGCUCAGGGCUGCUCUGAACAGGUCAGGAAAAGUGGUGAAGCAGUACACCAUGAAUCCCAAGGCCAUGCCCAGACAGCAGCUUUUGGGACACAUAGACAUGGACACCAGGGAGUGGGCUGAUGGCGUUCUCACUCAUAGCGCCAGAUCUGUCGUCAGAGAACCACAGGAAGUGAACUCCUGGAUAGUAUGUGAUGGGGACAUCGACCCAGAGUGGGUGGAAAGUCUAAAUUCUGUCCUGGAUGACAAUCGAUUGCUGACCAUGCCCAGUGGAGAGCGCAUCCAGUUUGGCCCCAAUGUCAACUUUCUGUUUGAGACUCAUGACCUCAGCUGCGCCUCACCAGCAACAAUAUCACGCAUGGGCAUGAUCUUUCUCAGCGAUGAGGACAUUGAUUUGGGGGCUUUGGUGAAGUCUUGGUUGAGAAAUCAGCCAGACAGUUGCAGAAGCAAUCUGGAAAGCUGGCUGGGAGACUACUUCCAGAAAAGUCUUGACUGGGUACUCAAACGGAAUGACUUUGUGGUUGAAACAAGUCUGGUUGGAGCAGUGAUGAAUUCACUAUCGCACCUUAAUGCUGUUAAUGAAAGGGGACAGUUUGUCGUGGGCCUUCUGAGAGGCUUGGGUGGAAAUCUCAAUCUCAAAACUCGACAAGAGUUUGCUAAAGAGCUGAUGAACUGGGCGAGAGAAAGUCCCCCAGAUGCCCGAAAACCACUCGACACUUUCUUUGAUAGUGACAGCGGCCGUCUGGCGGCGUAUACGUUCCAGCGGCCUGAGAAUCUGGCACUGGAGCAGUUCUUCCACACUCACAGGAUGCCUGUUAUAGAGACGCCCGGCAUGCAGAGAGGGCUGCAUGGCUUCUCACCGUGGCUCACUGCUGAGCACAGGCAGCCCUUCAUGGUGGUUGGGCCUGAGGGCUGUGGAAAAGGCAUGCUUCUGCGCCACGCUUUCUCACAUCUGCGCUCCACUCAAGUCGCCGUGGUUCACUGCAGUGCCCAGACCUCGUCCCGUCAUGUCCUACAGAAGCUGAGCCAGACCUGCCUGUUGCUCAGCUCCAACACUGGCCGCGUGUUCAGACCGAAGGACUGCGAGAACCUGGUCCUCUACUUAAAGGACAUCAAUCUCCCUAAACCAGACAAAUGGGGAAGCAGCAACCUCAUCGCUUUCCUGCAACAGGUGUUGACAUAUAAGGGGUUUUACGACGAGAAUCUAGAGUGGGUGAGUCUUGAGAAUAUUCAGGUCGUGGCCUCCAUGUCAACAGGGGGUGCUGUUGGCAGCCAUGCCCUCACGUCCCGGUUCUCAUCGAUUGUGCGGAUCUGCACCAUCGAUUAUCCAGACCGAGAGCAGCUACAGACCAUCUACUCGGCUUACCUCCAACCUGUUCUCCAGCAUAGCCUGGGUAGCCAGGCAGCUUGGGCAACCACAGGAAAGAUACACCAGCUCGCUGGUUCUCUUGUGCAGCUCUAUGAACAGGUUAGAGCAAAGUUUACAGUGGAUGACCACAGUCAUUACCUGUUCACCCCCUGUAUCCUCACUGAAUGGGUCCUCAGUCUGUUGAGAUACGACCUUACUGCAGCUCAAUCAAAUUUGACAGACAGCAUCAUGGAAGUGGUGGCGUACGAGGCCAGGAGGCUGUUUAGAGACAGGCUAGUCUCCUCCAAAGAUCUUCACAACUUUGAUAAUAUCCUUUCCUCCAUCAUCCGAGGAGACUGGGGCUCUGACGUUCUAGACAACAUGACCGAUGGAUUCUACGUGACAUGGGGCACCUCUGAAAGAUCUGUGAUGGCUCCAGGCCAGCUUCUGCCUCCUCAUGGUAAACAGCUGGGUCGCCUGGACUCUGCUGAUUUAAAACAAGUCAUCCAGAAGGGAGUAGUGAUGUACAGCCGUGACAACAAAGAGCUGGACCUCCUCCUGUUCUGGGAGGUGUGUGAGUUUGUGUCCAGGGUGGAUCGGGUCCUUAGUCGCCCUGGCGGCUCUCUGCUUCUGGCGGGUCGGAGUGGAGUAGGCCGACACACCGCGACGUGCCUGGUGUCGCACAUGCAUGGAUUCACAAGAUUUACGCCAAAAAUCUCACGGGGUUACACCCUCAAACAUUUCAGCAAUGAUCUCAAAGCGGUGAUGCAGCUGGCUGGUCUGGAAGGUCAACAGGUGGUUUUACUGUUGGAGGAUUACCAGUUUGUUCACCCAGGCUUCUUAGAGAUGGUGAACAGCCUGCUGUCAUCAGGCGAAGUUCCAGGUCUCUACAGCCCAGAAGAACUGGAACCUUUACUUUCAUCUCUGAAAGAUUCUGCUUCCCAGGAUGGAUUCACCAGACCCCUUUAUGACUACUUUUCCUACAGAAUCCAACAGAACCUUCACAUCGUCUUGAUCAUGGACUGCUCUAAUUCUAACUUCACUAUCAACUGUGAAAGCAACCCAGCCUUUUACCGCAAGUGUUCUGUCCAGUGGAUGGAGGGCUGGUCUGAGAGCAGCAUGAAGAAGAUUCCUGAACUACUGCUGGAAAAAACAGGUGGAGGAGGAGAAGGUGAAAAAGAAACGGCCAGCAAAAGGAAAAACUCAGGGCCGGAUCAUGGAGACCUGGGUCGUUUGUUCCUACUGGUCCAUGAGUCAUGUCAGGAUCGCGGUGCCACGCCGAGCCAGUACUUGUCCUUUCUGCAUGUUUAUGCAGCUUUACUCAGCCGGAAGCAAAACCAGCUGACUACAAGGCAGCAACACCUGCAGGCAGGCGUGUCCAAGCUGAAUGAGGCUAAAGCUCUGGUUGAUGAUUUGAAGAGACGGGCUGCAGAGCAGAGUGCCCUGCUGAAAACCAAACAGCAGGAGGCAGAUGCUGCCCUGCAGGAAAUCACCACCUCCAUGCAGAAUGCCAGUGAUCAAAAAACGGAAAUGGAAAAGAUAAAGGAGAAAAUGGCUCAGGAGGUGUCCAAGAUUGAGGAGAGAAAAGCCAAAAUUGAAGACGAGCUCAAAGAAGUUCAGCCUUUGGUGGAUGAAGCAAAGCGUGCGGUUGGAAACAUCAAGCCUGAAGCUCUGUCUGAGAUCCGCUCCCUCCGGAUGCCCCCUGAUGUCAUCAGAGAUAUACUGGAGGGCGUGCUGAGACUGAUGGGCAUCUUUGACACCACCUGGGUCAGCAUGAAGAGCUUUCUGGCUAAGCGAGGUGUAAGGGAGGACAUAGCCACAUUUGAAGCCAGGAACAUCACUCCUGAGAUUCGUCUGAGUGUCGAAGAACUGCUCAACAAGAACAAGGCCUCUUUUGACCCCAAGAAUGCAAAGCGUGCAAGUGCUGCAGCUGCUCCUCUGGCUGCCUGGGUCAAAGCCAACGUGCAAUACUCCUUUGUCCUGGAGAGGAUCGGGCCGCUGGAGAAAGAGCAAUCUGGAUUACUGGAAAAUUUGAGAAAAACAGAAAGCAGGAAGAUUAGACUUGAGGACCAGCUCAACAAUGUUGGAGCCAAAGUCAACAAGCUGAAGGAGAAGUUCCAGUGUCACACCGCUGAGGCUGCUAAGCUGGAGGCCGAGGUGACUAAAGCUCAGGGCACGAUCACUGCAGCGCAGCAGCUCAUAUCACAACUGGAUGGCGAACACACACGUUGGAAUGCACAGAUGUCUGAGAUAAAGAGUGAGUUGGACACGCUCCCCAUCAGGGCUUUGCUCGCUGCGGCCUUCAUCACCUAUCUGUCCGCUGCGUCUGAAGACCACCGAAGACACUGUCUGGAGAAGUGGAUGUCUCAGUCGGGACUACAGAAGUUUGACUUGCGGUCCUUCCUGUGCUCGGAGAGCGAACAACUGAUCUGGAAGAGUCAAGGACUGCCAUCAGAUGACCUCUCCAUGGAGAACGCUCUGGUUAUACUACAGAGUGUCGCCUGUCCCUUCCUGAUUGACCCGUCGUCCCGAGCUACAGAGUGGUUACGCACACAUCUGAAAGAACACAGACUAGAGGUUAUCAGCCAGCAGGAUAACAACUUCAUGACAACACUUGAGCUGGCAGUCAGAUUUGGCAAAACUCUCAUCAUCCAAGAAAUGGACGGUGUUGAACCUGUGCUGUAUCCACUGCUGAGGAAGGACCUCAUAGCACAGGGUCCCAGAUAUGUGGUUCAGAUAGGAGACAAGGUUAUUGAUUACAACGAGGACUUCCGUCUCUUCCUGGCUACUCGGAAUCCCAGUCCCUUCAUCCCUCCUGAUGCUUCUUCUGUGGUGACGGAGGUCAACUUCACUACCACCAGGGCGGGCCUGAGAGGACAGCUGCUAGCCUUAACCAUCCAGCAUGAGAAGCCAGAACUUGAGACUGAGAAAACGAGACUGCUGCAAAAAGAGGAGGACAAGAAGAUACAGCUGGCUCAGCUGGAGGAAUCUCUGUUAGAGACUUUGGCUACAGCUCAAGGCAAUAUUCUUGAGAACAGGGAGCUGAUAGACAGUUUAAACCAAACCAAAGCGAGCAGCGCCCUGAUCCAGGGGUCACUGGUGGAAUCACACAGGCUGCAGGCAUCUUUGGACCAGGAGCGAGAUGCCUUCCUGCCCUUUGCAGAAAGUGCUAGCAAGAUGUAUUUUGUCAUCACAGACCUGUCAAAGAUCAACAACAUGUACUGCUUCAGCCUUGCUUCUUUUUUGCGCCUGUUUCAACGAGCUCUUCAUGCCAAGAAGGAGGAAGAGAAUACCGAAGCCAGGAUUGCUGCUUUGGAGAACAACCUAAAGGUGAUGGUCUAUGAGUACGUCUGCAGGUCGCUUUUCAAGGUUGACCAGUUGAUGUUUGCAAUGCAUUUUGUAAAAGGCAUGCACCCAGAGCUCUUCCAGGAUAACGAAUGGGAUGUCUUGAUUGGAUCCAUAGUUGGAGAAAUGUUUAAGAAAGAGGAGUUUCCUUCUUGGAUUGAUCAGGAGAGGCAUGGAGCAAUGGCCAUUUUGAAAACUACUUUCCCCGCUUUCUACCAGACCCUGUGUCUGAGUGACUCGGGCCUUUGGCUGGCCUUCAUGCAAAGCUCACAGUGCGAGCAGGAAUUCCCAGCCGUCAUUUCCAAGAAGACCAGUCUCUUUCAACAGCUGUUACUGGUUCAGGCCGUCAGACCCGAUCGGCUGCAGAGUGCCAUGACCGCCUUUGCCUCCCAGGCUCUUGGUAUGAAAGAGCUCUCCCCCCCUCCGCUGAAUUUGCGUCGUCUUUACGCUGAGACCAUGGAGUGGGAGCCAGUGUUAAUCAUCAUCUCUCCGGGGGCAGACCCAUCCCAGGAGCUUGCAGAACUAGCAGCAGAAAGCAUUGGCAGGGACAAUUAUCACGAGAUCUCCAUGGGUCAGGGCCAGGCUGAUGUGGCCUUAGCCACACUCAGAGAGUGUUCCCGAAACGGAGACUGGCUUUGCCUGAAGAAUCUUCACCUUGUCACUGCCUGGCUGCCUCUUCUGGAAAAAGAGCUAAACGCGCUGCGGCCCAAAGCCAGCUUUCGUCUCUGGCUGACAGCAGAAGUGCACCCCCGAUUCCCCCCCAUCCUGCUGCAGUCCAGCCUUAAGGUCACUUAUGAGGCUCCUCCAGGACUGAAGAAGAAUCUGCUAAGAACAUAUGAGUCAUGGACUCCAGAGCAAAUCAGCAAAGGAGGUGAUGUGGUCAGAGCCCAGUCUCUCUUCUGCCUUGCAUGGUUCCACGCUGUCUGUCAGGAGAGACGGAACUACAUUCCACAGGGUUGGACGAAGUUCUAUGAGUUUUCUCUCUCGGACCUUCGUGCUGGCUUUGAGAUCAUUGACAGGCUUUUUGCAGGUGGUAAAGUUUUCCAGUGGGAGUUUGUCCACGGCCUGCUGGAAAACGCCAUCUAUGGGGGGCGAAUCGAUAACCCCUCCGACCUCCGGAUCCUGCGCUCCUACCUGGAGCAGUUCUUCUCUGCACGUCUGCUCUCAUCCUCAGCUGGGCAGAGGAAGAGUAUGGGAGGUGUUCGCAUUUUCCCCUCACAGAUUAGUCUGCCAACCUCCUGCUCCAUAUUGGACUACCGCAGUGUCAUAGAAAACCUCCCAGAGGAUGACAGACCGGCAUUCUUCGGUCUGCCUGCCAACAUAGAAAGGUCCUCCCAGAGAAUCAUCAGCUCCCAGGUCAUUUCCCAGCUGCGUAUCCUCAGCCGUUCAGCAGCAGCAGGCUCUAAAUUUGACAGGGAGCUGUGGUCUAACAGCCUUUCACCCAUCCUCAACUUGUGGAAGAAACUCAACCAGGGUUCUGCUUUAGUCCAUCAGAAGGUAGAUCCGCCCACAGAAAGUCAAAGUUCACCGGUCUUGUCAUUUAUCGUUUUGGAGCAGUUCAAUGCCAUCCACUUGGUCCAGAGCAUCCACCAGUCUCUGGCUGCUUUGAGCAAAGUCAUCAGAGGCACCCAGCUGUUAACUCCAGAGGUCCAAAAACUGGCCACUGCCUUGUUAAAUCAAGAGUGUCCUCUAACAUGGCAGAAUAAAUGGGAAGGACCCGAGGAGCCGAUGCAGUACCUCAGAGCUGUAGUAACACGAUCUCUAGCCAUACAGAGUUGGGUUGAGCGUGCGAGUAGACAAGCUCUUCUUUCAGACCUCCUUGAUUUAUCGGAACUUUUCCACCCAGAUACCUUCCUUAACGCUUUGAGACAAGAAACUGCCAGGUCUAUGGGUUGUUCGAUGGAUAGUUUGGUGUUUGUCUCCUCAUGGAAGACUUUGAUUGCCCAAGCCAAGCUACAAGUCAAGGUUGGAGGUCUUCAGCUGGAGGGUUGUCGGUUUGACGGUGUUCAUCUCAGUGAGAACCAACACGACUCUCCCACCGUCUCAGCUGUCCCACCGUGCUGCAUGGCUUGGGUUCCUCAGGCGUCUGCUGCUGGAUCAGAGGGGAGCAUCUUGCUGCCGUUGUACUCCAGCUCUGAGAGGGUGAAGGUGGUCACCCACAUCUCCCUGCCCUGUGGAGCUAACUCCAACCAGUGGAUCCAGACUGGAGCUGCCCUCUUUCUCAAACAGCAGUGAAAGGAUGUGGUUUUGGUGCAGCAGAGACUACAGAAGAAACUUUAAUUACAGAAAAGCCAGAGACUUUAGUAGAUACACAGUACAAACUAGUUUCAUUACAUAAGUUCGUUAGGGAUGCCAGUGCCUUAACUUUUAGAGCAGAAACUAAAAAAUGUAGUGAUCUAUAUACAUCAGGGUCAUUUGCAUAAUGCGAUUCAAGGAAAAGAGCCAAAAGAGGAAGAGGAUUUGAAUAAAUACACAAAUAAAAACGUGUUCCUCUUUUUGUUUGGCGUAAUAGAUCGGCCGGCAAACUGGAACAGCCUCUUUAAUAAAUGAUGAGUGUAGUAUUAUUCAGUUUGGAGGCUGAAUAAAAUCUUUACAGGUUUUAACAUUCUGCUCAUCCCAUAAACCUCCACAUGAAUUGUGUUUCAUAGAAACUGUGUAAAAAUGCGUUUUAUUUACUGAAGAACGUUAAAACUGCCCUGAUGUCACGCUGUUUUAAAGUGAAGUUUAAGUUUAAGUGUUUGCUGUGCAGCAAGUCUGCUGUUUAUUUAUUCACUCUUCUGUUUCCUACGUGUUCAAAAUAAGCAUUAAAUUAUUUUGUCUACUAGUU